UUUCCACAUACUUUACAGUCUCACUCAGGCUGAUCUGUCAGUUUCCCUGUACAUUCUGCCUGACAGACAUAGAGAUUGAUAAACUCUUUCGGUCAUAUCAGAAUGGGAAAAAAAGAAGAAUCCAGAGUUUGAGCUGUGGUGACAGCAGAGUGAAUGAUCCUCACUAUAGAUGUUCAUGUGACGCCUGACUGAUGCUACACACCCUGCUGAAGCUGAACAUACCUCAGUGGAUCCCAAAGUGGGAUCCAGGGGGAAAUCCAGUGGUCGGAUGGAGUGAACAUGGAACAGAGGGAUCUGAAUGAAGGGAGACCAGAGCGGAGGAAGCGGCUGGACGUGGCAGGCGGAGAGGCUGGAGGUGAUCUGCUGACAGAGGAGAGCAAGCCAAUACUUCUGGUGAAGUCAUCGUAGCGAUGGCAUCCCAGGUGAAGCAGCCCCAGGGGCGUAGCCUGUCCUUCCUAUUUUCUUGCUGCUUUAAAGGAAGUGACCAACCAGAGAUCACCUACUGCCAUGAUAACGUUGUAGCUGCACUGGAGCCCACCCUGCCCAUGCCCCCUCUUCAAGAGCUGGACUCCAUGUUUACUGAACUGGUGGAUGAACUGGACCUUACAGAGGAGCACAGGGCUGCCAUGUUUUCUUUGCCAGCAGAGAAAAAAUGGAACCUCUACAGUAGUAAGAAACUGGAGAAUAAAGGAGCAACCAACUGGCCAGAGUUUUAUAUUGACCAGCUAUGGUCCAUGGCUGCUAGGAGGACUCUGCUGGCACUGGAGGAUGAGGAUGAACACGGAAGACAUAAGAUUGUAGAUGAUCUUAAAACAGCACUGAGGACGCAGCCCAUGAGAUUUGUGACACAAUUCAUUGAGUUGGAUGGCCUGUCUUGUAUCCUGAAUUUCCUUAAGUCAAUGGACUAUGAGACCACCGAGUCUCACAUCCACACCUCACUGAUCGGCUGCAUCAAAGCUCUGAUGAACAAUUCUCAGGGUAGAGCUCAUGUCCUGGGUCACUGCGAGAGUAUAAAUAUCAUUGCACAAAGUCUCGCCACUGAAAACAGCAAGACUAAGGUUGCAGUGUUAGAGAUCCUCGGUGCAGUGUGUUUGGUGCCAGGAGGCCAUAAGAAAGUACUAGAAGCUAUGUUGCGCUACCAGAAAUUUGCCUCAGAGAGAACACGAUUUCAGACCCUGCUGACCGACUUGGAUAGAUCAACAGGCCGCUACAGAGAUGAAGUUAAUCUGAAGACUGCCGUCAUGUCCUUCAUCAAUGCUGUGCUAAGCCAGGGAGCAGGAGAGACCAGUCUGGAGUUCCGUGUUCAUUUGCGCUAUGAGUUUCUGAUGUUGGGCAUCCAGCCAGUCAUUGAUAAACUACGUUCCCAUGAAAAUGCCAUCCUGGACAGACAUCUGGACUUUUUUAAGAUGUUGAGGAAUGAAGAUGAGCUUAUGAUUUCCAAACGCUUCGAUGUUGACCACAUAGAAACUAAAAGUGCGAGCCAGAUGUUUGAGCUAAUCAAGAAGAAUCUGAACCACACUGAAGCUUAUCCUCACCUCCUGUCAGCGCUGCAGCACUGCCUCAUGAUUCCAUGUAAGACUGUCUGUCUGUCUGUCUGCUCGCCUACACUUCACUACAUGAUACAUCACAGUAGCAGUUUAUUUCUCUCUCCCUUGACUCCUCUCACUUCUCCUCUGUCUGCAGACAAGAAGAGCAUUACCACACUUCACUACUGGGUGUUGUUGGACCGGAUUGUUCAGCAGCUGGUUCUGCAGACGGACAAAGGUGAAAACCCUGAUGUUGCUCCACUCGAGGACUUCAACGUUAAAAAUAUUGUCCGCAUGCUCAUCAAAGAGAGUGAGGUCAAACAAUGGAAAGAACAAGCUGAUAAAAUGAGAAAAGACCAUCAGAACCUACAGCAGCGCUUUGAAAAAAAAGAAAGAGAGUGCGAGGCCAAGAAUAAGGAGAAAGAAGGCAUAAUGGCAAUGCUGAACAAGAUUAAGGACAAACUGGAGCGAGAGAGCAACGACCACAAGCAAGCAAAGCUACACGUGGCAGAGCUGUCUGCUCGGCUGCAACAGCUCAGCUCUACCUCCAGCAUUCCAGGAGGACCUCCUAAGACUUCUGGCGGUUUCGUUCCCCUUGCUGUUGUCCCAUCCAUCCCCUCUCCUCAACCUCCCCCUCUUCCCCCACCUUCAGGUGGCCUACCAGCUUUUGGCAUGGCUCCAUUUGCUCCUCCUCCUCCUCCUCCUUCUGGAGCUCCACUCGAAACGAAAAACAUUCCUCAGCCCUCUAACCCAAUGAAGUCAUUCAACUGGACCAAAAUGCCAAAGAGCAAGACAGCAGGAACCAUAUGGAAAGAGAUCGAUGAACUGAAGGUGUUCAAAGAUCUAGAUCUAGAAGAGUUCCAGAGGGCAUUCUCAGCUUACCAAAGGCCACAGAAAGAUGCUGAGGACGAUCGUACUGUUGCUAAGAAAGUCAAGGAGCUGUCAGUGAUUGAUGGUCGACGGGCACAGAACUGUCACAUCCUUCUCUCACGGCUGAAGCUAACCAAUGAGGAGAUCCGCCAUGCCAUCCUGACCAUGGAUGAACAGGAGGACUUACCUAAAGACAUGCUGGAGCAGCUUCUGAAGUUUGUUCCUGAGAAGAGUGACAUUGAGCUGUUAGAAGAACACAAGCAUGAGCUGGACCGUAUGGCCAAAUCAGAUCGCUUCUUGUAUGACAUGAGCAGAAUAAACCACUACCAACAGAGACUACAGGCUCUCUACUUCAAGAAAAAGUAUGCUGAAAGAGUGGCUGAGGUCAAGCCUAAAAUCCAAGCUCUGUGUCACGCGUCCAGAGAGGUGGUGCAGAGCGGGAUGCUGCGUCAGCUGCUCGAGGUGGUUCUGGCCUUUGGGAACUACAUGAACAAAGGACAAAGAGGAAACGCCUAUGGAUUUAGAGUCUCCAGUCUCAACAAAAUAGCUGACACCAAGUCAAGCAUAGACAAAAACAUCACUCUGCUCAACUACAUGAUCACUGUGCUGGAAAAGAAGUACCCAAAGCUGGUGACCUUCAGUGAAGAGCUACCGAACGUGCCAGAAGCUGCUAAAGUCAAUAUGACAGAGUUGGAAAAGGAAAUUGGCAUUCUAAGAUCUGGCCUAAAGAGUGUUGAGGCGGAGCUGCAUUACCAGCAUGCUCAGUCCUCCCACUCUCCUGCUGACAAAUUUGUGCCUGUGGUCAGUCAGUUCAUCACUGUGGCCUGCUUCAGCUUCUCCGAGGUAGAGGAAUCGCUCAUUGAGGCCAAAGAAAAGUUUGGAAAGGCACUGAGACACUUUGGCGAAGACUCGUCCAACCUGCAGCCAGACGAGUUCUUUGGGAUCUUCGACACUUUCCUCAUAGCUUUCUCAGAGGCCAAACAGGAUAACCAGAACAUGGCCAGAUACAAGGAGGAGGAGGAGAGACGAGCACUCCUGGAGGCACAACUCAAGAGAGAGACAGAACCGAAGGCAAUGAAAUCCAAAGCAGAUGAAGAGGAGGGCGAGUUUGAUGACUUGGUGUCGGCUCUGCGCUCUGGAGAGGUGUUUGACAAAGAUCUUUCCAAAAUGAACCGCAAAAAACUGCGGAGAAACAACUUGUUUGACAGCAGCCGGGAGAGACCGUUAGCAAAACCAAACUAGUACUAGGAAACUUAACGGACAGCAGCACCUCACUUGGACUGUUGAAAGCCUGUGGUCAAACAGUAAGUUAUUAUUUUGACUUAGUUCAAGGUCCAAGGUUAUGUAUAAAAUAUGUAUAUACAUACGUA